GCUGGAUCCUGGCUCCAGGCGGAGUCUGGGUAUCAUGUAGCAGGCUAGAUUGAUUACUUUAGAACGUUAAAGGGAAAGCAGGCAAGAGGAGAUUUUUGUCCUGGACUCGAGUGUGCCUCUUGUACUGCCUCCGCUUGGCUCUCUUUCUUUUUUCUCCCUGCUCUCUCCUCUGUGCUGCGGCAGGGGUCAACUGAAAGACAAAUGAACAGGUCGCUGGCUGGAGAGAGAGAGAGAGCGAGGGAAAACAAGUAGUAGAGAAGGAGUGGAGGAGAGACGCUGUUCUGUGCUGGGGCAUUUGAAGGGACUUGGUCAGAGGAGAAGAGAGAGAGAGGGAGAGAUAGAGGUGUGCUUAGAGGGAGGACACAGGGCAGUGCGUAGGGGGAGGGGAAGCAGAGGGGGGUGAUCUCUCUUCUGCCUGUCGGGCCAUGAGCUUGUUAGAGAGGGUGCCGGCAGACUUGGAGUGUCUUUUGUCUCUGCUGGGACAGGAGCCUCAGGAAGUGAAGCACAGAGACUGUCAGACUCAGUCCGGUCUUCUUUAUAUUCCCUGGUAUCUGUCAAGGAGACUACAGCUCUGUUUCUCUCUGUACAGAAUGAAGGGUACAAGUACUGAGCAUGUCUGCAGAUGCGUUUGGCGCCGGGGGCAGCGAUGCUCAGCAGAGCCUUCAAUCAUUCUGGCCCCGCGUCAUCGAGGAGAUCAGGAACCUCACUGUGAAGGAUUUCCGCGUGCAGGAGUUACCUCUGGCCCGAAUCAAGAAAAUCAUGAAGCUGGAUGAAGACGUCAAGAUGAUCAGUGCAGAGGCUCCUGUGCUGUUUGCCAAAGCUGCUCAGAUCUUCAUCACAGAGCUGACCCUGAGGGCCUGGAUCCACACUGAGGACAACAAGAGGCGCACUCUACAGAGGAACGACAUCGCCAUGGCAAUAACCAAGUUUGACCAAUUUGACUUCCUGAUCGACAUCGUGCCCAGAGACGAGCUGAAACCACCCCAAGAGACAGGUGAGGUGCGUCAGUCAGUGGCCCCAGCAGAGCCGGUGCAGUACUACUUCACCCUGGCCCAGCAGCCCGGGGCAGUCCAAGUGCAGGGCCAGCAAGCGGGCCAGCAGGCCAGCGCCCAGCAGGCCACCACCAUCCAGCCCGGACAGAUCAUCAUCGCACAGCCACAGCAGGGACAGGUGCUGCAAGGGGCUACCAUGCAGCAGCUACAGCAGGUGCAGUUAGCCCAGUCACAGAACACACCUAUCACGAGUGCCCCGGUCACCAUGCAGGUAGGGGACCAGCAGGUUCAGAUCGUCCAGGCGUCGGGCCAGGGCCAGGCAGCCCAGCCAGCAGGACAGACCAUGCAGGUCAUGCAGCAGAUCAUCACCAACACCGGAGAGAUCCAACAGAUACCUGUGCAGCUCAACACUGGCCAGCUGCAGUACAUACGCCUGGCCCAGCCCGUCUCUGGAACACAGGUAGUCCAAGGACAGAUACAGACCUUUGCCAACACUCAGCAGAUUACACAAACAGAGGUCCAGCAAGGUCAACAGCAGUUCAACCAGUUCACUGAUGGACAGCAGUUGUACCAGAUCCAGCAGGUUACCAUGCCAGCGGGACAGGAACUGUCUCAGCCCAUGUUCAUCCAGUCCACCAAUCAGACGGCCGACGGCCAAGUCACCACGCAGGUCAGCGCCGAAUGAGGUCACGGCACCACGCUGCCAGCUCCGCCUCCAGCCACCAACACCAACCAACAAGGCCCCCAGAUUCCUUGACUCAGAUCCCCAAAGGACUCCCAGAAACCCUGUCUCUCUCUUCUAAGACCUGGUCUACACCGUCACGUUAGGAACUGGACUCUGACAACACUCACUUUUGUACAGUUCACUUUUCAGAGUCAAAAAACCAAAGGGACUCCUCGCAACUUUCUCUAAGUCCUUCGUCGCAUCGAAGUUCAUGUCAUAUGCUUCCAUAUGGCCUUCCUGGACCACCCAACCCCCCCCCCCCCCGGCCAUCGCUGAUCUCAGCCCCAGAAUCAGCCACCACCUAGUGACCAACUCUCUGUUCUCCUGUGUGCACGUGUGUCUGUUGUGCUAUGUUCUCCUGGCAGACCUGUGCUUGCAUCCUUUUGUCUUGUGUGUCCAAGCUGAGAGAACAAGCCUAUCAUGCCUGCUGUCGAGUCAAGUCUCCUUCACGUCCACAACUGUAGAUCGUGGAAACGAUAAAGCCAUACCUUGCACAUUCAGUUCACAGUGAAUCAUUGUUUGUUGUCUCCGAAGGAUAGAUGAUGUGAUUGGUCUGUGAAUAGUAUUGUCUCUGCUGUUCUCCACGUUGGUGAGGUAUAACAAAGGGCUUCUAAGAGUGUGUGUGCGCGUGUUUGGUUUAGUAUUGUGAACCAUUUCCUUCCCUCCUCCAAGACACUUUUGGUUCAUGUCUUCCUUUUGUUGUAUCUCUCUUUCUCCCUCCUUCUCUUUCUCCCUCUCUCUACCUUUGUCUGUCAGAAGUUGUGUCCAGGUGCCCCGUCUUGCCCUUGUAGAAACGCCACAUGUACAAACACAACUCCCCCUGGAUGGGAAAAAGUCCUUUUAGAGACCCCUUUUUAAUACAGGUUCUAACUGUUAAGGUUUCUUUUUGUUUUCAAAAAACGAUCCCCCCCUUCCUGUUUUCUUAUUUUUUAUUCAUCAUUAUAAUUGUUGUUCUUAUUAUUGUUGUUUGCAUGUAGUUUAAACUGGCAGCAUGAUAUGCAAUAGAUAGGUACAAAAGUUUAUUUUCGACGUUCUUUUUUGUAAGCAAACUUUGUUUGUGAGAAAAACGAAAUAAAAAAAACAACAU